CAUAUGUGGUAACCAUCUACUAACAUCAGUAUCGAUGGCAAUAACUGUGCCUACGUAUACAUGGUUUUUACGUUAAAAUCUUAUUGUUGAACUAAAAGCUUAUUACAAUACAAAUUAAAGUAUCGUGUUUAAUAAUCAAUGAUUUAUAAAUAUUUUUGACAGCACCUCUUUGACGUUGUAAAAUGACACUUUUCCUGUAUUUCAAUUUCGACGAUUAUCGUCUGCAAUUCCAACCUAAUUCUAUUUAGAUAUAUUUAUGUAAAUUCAUAUAAUUCAAUAAAAAUAAUACAGUAACAGAACGUUUCGCCAAAAUGUUUAAAAAAUUUAAGGACAAACUUGCAGAAGAAAUGAAACAAUCACCUGCCAGGCUGCAAGCAAGCAUGCAGCAAUUAGCACAGGCAGUUGUGUCACCAGCAUUGUCCACUAGCUCGAUACAAGAACUAUCUGCAUCAAAUGACAAUUUUAGUUUGACGGAGGAAGGAGAUGAAACUCCAAAAAACAGUCCUGCUAAACAUGGUUUUCAAAAUGUAGAUUUAAUGUCACCCACACCAAAUUCAAUAGGCAUUUCUAGGAGAUCAUCACUUAAUAGUGUGACUAGUGAUACCUCAUCUCUUUUUCCAAUUUAUGAAAGUCCUGCUAAUUUAUAUCAUUUGCAAUCUGAUAUGGAUCAAUCUGCGAGUGAAAUAGAAGAAAAUAUAAGUUCACAAUUGGAUAAAGUUACGAAAGAUCAAAUAUAUUCGGCAUAUCGAAAAGUACAAGCAAAAUAUCAUAAAUAUCGUGGAAGAUACACUGAUUUAGCAACACAUUAUCGAGAAUUAGAAAGAGUGAAAGGCAAGUUAGAAUCAGUUUUAGUUGAAACACAGGACAAAGUAUUGAGACGAAUUGCAGAUCUAAAAGAACAAUGUCAACUAGAACAACAGGCAAAGGCUCAUUUAGAAGAAGCACUAAGAAAUGAUAUUGAAGAAAAGGAUCAUAUAAUAAAUACAUUAAAUACAAAGAUCAAGCUUCUGCAAACUAAUGGACCAAACUUGGAUGUUAUAAUGUCAGGUGCUACAAACGAAGAUAAAGGAAACACAGAAAAUGUAAAGGAUAAUCUAAUUGAUUUAAACACUGAUUCGUUGGAAAAUUCUACUGAAAAUUCUUUGUUAAUGGAAAAUACACAAUUGAAAGAUAAACUGAAAAAGAUAGAAAAUCUUGUUUUUAAAUAUAAGGAAUCUUUAAAACGGAAUAAAGAAAAAUUCACUAAAGUAUUAGCAGAGAAAAAUACAUUAGAAUCUGAUUAUGAAGCAUUAAAGAGCUCUUGUACAGAAAAAGAUAAAGAAUUAAAUAAUGCACAUGUAGAAAUUAGAAAUUUAGCGGAUCAGAUAAUUAUUUUAAAGAAGCGCGAAGAAGAGUCUGCCAUAUCGUUAGCUGAAAAUAAACUCUCGAUACACAGAGAAUUGGAAGAUAAAGAGGAACAAAUAAAAAAAUUGCAAUUGGAUUUGAAACAUAUGGUAGAGUCUAAGGAUAGCUUAAAUGAAGUUGUGAAUAAAUAUAAAACUGAACUGGAAAAGCUGAAAUUGAUACAAAGCACACAAAAUGUAGACGCAGAAAAGAAAGAAUCGGUUACUUUGGAAGAUAAAAUUGACGCGAAACCUCACAAUGGAGAUUCUAACAAAGAAAAUACAGAAGAAACAAGAAUAGAAGACAAUGAAAUGUAUCAAAAUUUAAAAUCUAAAUUUGACGAAAAGGAAACCGAACUGCAGAAACUGAAAAAUACGUUAGGAGAACUACAAAAACUUACAGAAGAAUAUCAAAAUAACAAAGAUAAAUUAUGUAUGGAGCUUUCGGAUUACAAACUUAAAUACACAGAACUUAAAAGUGAACAGGAUGCUCAAAAAAUCAUAGCAGAAGAAAAAAAGAAAGAAGCUGAUGCAGUGGUUGAAAAAUUGCAAGCUACGGUGCAAAGUCUAGAUAAAGAAUUAGAAAAUAUGAGGAGUGCUUUAAUGGAUAGAGAUAAGGUAUGCGAAAAUUAUAACGCGAAAGUUAACGAAUAUAAAUUGAUGCUUGAAAAAGCUAAUGAAAAGUUAUUAGCUCAAGAUGUAGAAAUAAAAACCCUUAAAGAAAAAGAGCAACAAACUACAGACGUGAUUAAAUCGAAAAACGAGCUAGAAAAUAAAAUCAGUGAAUUAUUAGAAACCUGUAAUGAGCAUCAAUCUUGUAAAUCUAUAAUUUCUGAUCUUAAGAAUAAACUUCAAACCCAUAGUUCUAACAUUGAUUUACUUCGCGAAGAAAAAAAUAAUUUAAUUAAAAAUAUUUUAAAUUACAAAAUUUCUAUCCAAAAAUUAAAAGCAGAUAAUAAGCAUAUUAAAAGCGACAUAACGGAACAUUUCAUGCAAUUUACUAAUGAAAUUUUUAGUUUGAAAAAUGUACUUGAUACAUGUUUGGAAAAGAAGAAUGCGACACAGAAUGUUGAAACAGAAAAUUUACAAAUGAAAUUGAAAGAACUUGAAGAAUUUAAACAAAAAUACGACGAAUUACAAACAGAAUUGAAAGAUACAAUAUGUAUUAAAUCUAACUUGCAAGCAAACUUGGAAAAAUAUAACGAACAAUUAAAAGAAAUGUCGAUAAAUCUUGAACAGCAAAAUGAAAUUGAUGUAAAAAAUCGUAAACUUAUAGCUGAAAUAGAUAAUCUUAAUUUUAAAUUAUAUGAUUUAAGAAAUGUAUCGGAUGAAAUGAACUCGUUAAAAGUAGAAUCUAAAUUUUUGAAGGAAGAACUUAACAAUGUUAACGCUGUAAAUCAAUUGCUUUCUAACGAAAUAUCAGACUUAAAAGUGCAACUUGAGAAAUCAAACAACAAUAAUAAAGAACUGCAAGAAGAAAAUUUGAAUACUAUAUCACUGUUUAAAUCUGAAAAUUCUAAGUGUAAUAAAUUGGAAGAUACAAUAAAUUCUUUGCAGUCAGAAAUUACUGUUUUAAAUGAAAAUAUAUCUGAAAGAGAUAAGCAAAUAAAUGUUUUAAAUGAAGAACUAAAAAAUAAAGAAAGUGUUGUAACCGAUUUAAAGAAUGAAUGUGAAAAUUAUACAACAGUAGUUGCUAAACUUACAAACAAUAACAAAAAAUUACAAAAAACAGUACAAGCAAAAUUAACUCAGCUGAAAGAGUCAAAAGCUAUUGAAGAAGAACAAGCCCAAACAGUACAACAAUUAAAGGAUGAAUAUAAUAAACUGAUAAAAUUACCAGAUGUGAUUACUACUUUGAGAACUGAAAACACAAAAUUAUUAGAACAAUUAAAUACAUUAGAGAAUGAAAUAAGUGCAUUGAAAUCGGAAAACGAUCAAAUAAUUACACUAAAAAAUAAUAAUUCAUCUAUAACUUCAGAAUUGGAACAAUUAAAAUCGGUUCAACAUGAAAUUGAUUUGGAAAAUAAAAAUCUAAAAUGUACGCAAAAUGAAUUUUUAAAACGUAACCAAGAAUUACAUGAAUGUAAUGAAAAAUUAGAAGAAGAUAUUGUAAAUUAUAAAAAGCGUAUAGAAGAAUUGUUAAAUAAUAAUAAAGAAUUAGAGAAGGCGAUCGAGUCACAUAGAAGUAGCUUACACGGCCAAAACGAAGAUAUACAAAAGCUAAAAGAUCAAAUUACAGCAUUAAAUGCAGAGUUGCAAUCUAAAACCGAAAAUCUGAAUUUACAGAUUGAAGAAUUUAGGUUAUGCAAAAAAGAAGCAGAAGAUAUGAAAGAACAUUUAACGAAAGAAAAUAAAAAUUUACAUAAUGAAGUAUGUAAAUUAGAUGCUGCUUUGAAAAAUCGAGAAGGUACAGAUGAGAAAAAUAAAGAACUUGUGGCAAAUCUAGAGUUACUAGAAAAAGAGCUUACAAGGCUAAAAACUAUUGACGAAGAAAAUAGUAAUUUAAAAUCAGAAAUAAAUAGUUUGAAUGAAACAAAAAUUAAUUUAGAAAAAACGCAGUUACAAUAUAAGGAAUUAACUAAUGAGUAUGUGUCUUUAAAAAAUAAAGUUAUAGAAUUAGAAAAUGUAAAUUCUAUCAAUGUAGAACUUCAAUCGCAUGUAAAUAACUUAGAAGCUAAGAUUUCUAGUUUAGAACAAGUAGAGUCUAACAAUGCUAAAUUGGAACUUGAACUUAGUACAUUAAAAGCUAUGAAUACAGAGUUAUCAACUCAAGUAAAUAAUAAAGAUGUAGAAAAACAGCAAUUAUUAGCAGAAUUAGAUGAAUUGAAACUUACUGUAGAUGAAAAAGUAGCAGAAUUGAAAUUAUUAGAUACUAGAAAUAUGGAAUUAAUAAGAGAAAUUGAAGGGAAAAAAUUGUUAACAACGGAAGAUGAAGCAAUAAUAGAAACAGACACAACUAAAAAUACUAUUGAAUAUAUGAAGGAUGAAAUUGUUAGAUUGCACGCAGAAGCAGAAAUUCUCAAAAAAACAAAUAUUGCAUUGCAAGAAAAAGUACAAAAUGGGAGUGCAAACAAAACUAUGGAUGAUUCCUUUAUUAAAGAAAGUGAUAGGUUGCAAGAAGAAAAUAAGAAAUUGGAGGCACAAUUAGAUGAAGCAUUAAUUACCUUCCAAGCAAAGGAAUUGCAAAUGCAAAUUGUGAAUAAUGAAUUGAAAAGUCAAGCAGACAAGCUAAAAGAGGAAUUGAAAACGAAUGAAGAAGAGCAAAGUAUGAGAUUAAAGCAAUUAGUUAAAGAAUUUCAAGCUCAGUUACAUGAUAAAGAGGAGGAACUACAUGCUGCGCUGGAAAAACGAUUCGACCGGCAACAAAAUUAUGAAUCAAAUCUUAUCCAGCAAUAUAAAGAACAAUUAAAAGAUUUCCAAAUAGAAUUAACAACAAAAUCUGAACAAAUUGAAAAUCUAAUUUUGGAAAAUAAAAAUUUAAUAACAGAAAAAAACAAAGAUAUAAAUCAGUUAAUGGAAAAAAUUACGUUAAUGAAGAAAGAACAUGCAGAUGAAAUGAGAGAAAUUGAAAAAAAAUGGAAAUCAAUUGUACAACAAAAAACUGACAAAUUGGAAGCAAAACACGAGGAAGAAAUUAAUGAAUUAACAAGAGAAUGGCGAAAUGAAAGAAGGCCUGAUGUACAAAAUGAUUUAACUUAUAAGGAAUUAGAGAGUACUUCGCGGGUUGCAAUGGCUGCUGUACAAUCUAAUACAGGUUCUUUUCAUACUCUUCAACAAACAUUAACGGCUCAGAGACGAGAAUUAGCUGAACUUAGAAAAUUAGUGAAAUUAAGGCAUGAUACAUUAGAAGAUUCCACAGAAAUUGAAUACCUUAGAAAUAUUUUAUUUGAAUAUAUGAUGGGAAGAGAAACAAUGGUGCUUGCUAGAGUAAUCGCUGCAGUCGUCAAGUUUGAUCAAGAACAAACGGCAAAAAUACUUAAAAAAGAAGAAGACAAAAUGACAUUGGUAAAAAGUUUGCUUGGUUCUUUGGGUCUCACAUAGUGAAAAGUCGUGUAUAUAAUAUAAAAAAUGUAAGUACUUUUGCAUAUUAGGUUAUAAGCAUUUUGUAUUUAUUUAUGAGGUAUACAUAUUAAAACGGUGGACAUUACUCCACCAAAAUAACAAGUAUGUUAUAUGUAGAAGAUACUCAAUGUAAAUUUUGCACAAUUACUCAAAGGUUCAUUAUUAGAUAUAAUUGUUUUGCUUUCUAGUAUAUGUAAUCUACCAUAUAAGGAUAAAUAAGAACUGUUCAUCUAUAAACAUGGUAUGUUAAUAUUAACUUUUAUAACUAUUUAUAAAUUAAUUAAUAGAAUAAACAUUUAUUGUUACAAAA